AUGUCCUCUGCCGACGCUGCUCAGAUGGAGCAUACCUCAAUGGCCGAUGUUGCGCGCAAUAGAAAUAUUCAGAGCCAUGUCUCUUCUCAUACCCUCAGCAAGUCGCCAAAGGAGCCUCCUGUGUGUCCUACCGACCAGGAAGCAGUAGCACCAAAGGCACAAAUGAACAGUUUCGAAUAUGUCUGGAAAUCUGGAGUUGCGGGUGGUUUAGCCGGCUGCGCUGGCAAAACUGUCGUCGCACCAUUGGACCGAGUGAAGAUCCUCUUCCAAGCCAGCAAUCCACGAUUCGCAAAAUAUACAGGAUCAUGGGUUGGUGUCGCAAGCGCUAUGAAGGACAUCCAUAGAUAUGAAGGCAUCACUGGACUUUACCGUGGACACUCAGCGACUUUACUACGAAUCUUUCCUUACGCCGGUAUCAAAUUCCUCGCAUACGAACAAAUACGAGCCAUUAUUAUCCCCGAUAAACACCAUGAGACACCAAUGAGAAGACUGCUCAGUGGAAGUUUGGCUGGUGUCACCUCCGUCUUUUUCACGUAUCCUUUAGAAGUUAUGAGAGUACGACUUGCUUUCGAGACUAAACGUGACGGCCACUCUUCUUUGUCAUCAAUAUGUCGUCAGAUUUACAACGAGCAACCCGUUCAGAAAACAACCCCGACUCGGCUCCCCAAUGCGCCUGCGACGGUGACUGCUGCAGCAGAAGCGACAGCAGCGACAGUUGGGGCCAUUGCUCCUCAAACAGGACUUAUCAACUUUUACCGAGGUUUCGCUCCCACUGUCAUGGGCAUGCUUCCAUAUGCGGGCAUGUCUUUCUUAACUCACGAUACUGUUGGUGAUAUCCUCCGAUCGCCACGGUUUGCGAAGCACACGACACUACCGAAGAAGGCAAACCACCCUGAAGGAAAACCAGCCCCUCUACGAUCAUGGGCGGAGCUCACUGCUGGUGGAAUCGCCGGUUUGAUCUCUCAAACGGCAUCAUACCCUCUUGAAGUCAUUCGACGACGGAUGCAAGUUGGCGGUGCCGUUGGCGACGGCCGUCGACUGAGGAUAGGAGAAACCGCUGGUAUGAUCUUCCGAGAGAGGGGUAUUCCCGGGUUCUUUGUUGGCCUCACCAUUGGAUACGUCAAGGUGUUCCCAAUGGCGGCGGUCGCAUUCUACACGUAUGAGCGCAUGAAGCUUGUCUUUGGCAUAUAG